AUGGCAUCAUUACCCUUCGUGUUGAGUGCAGCUGGGACUAGUCGUGUGUUUGCAGCGACAGCAACGAAAGGCGGUGGGUCGACCAAGGAAAAUAAGAGCUUUGUUCAUUGGCUUCUUGGGAGUCUUUCAAAGGAUGAUCAGUUUUUUGAGACAGACCCAAUUCUUAAUAAGGUGGAUGACAAAUCAGGCACUACCAGUAGAAGCAAUGGAAGGAAAGGGACUGUUGCAGUGCAGAACAAGAAGAAUAAUGGUGGUAAUGGGGGUGGAUUUGGAGGUCUCUUUGCUAAGAAGCAAUAGAGUUUUGAUCAUGGCUUUAAACUUUGCAUUAUACAUCAAUGGAGAUGGAGAAAUUUGUCUCCUAUUACAGUCUCAGUUUCUUACUCUGCUUUGUCAUAUAUUCUCUUAAUUAUUGGAUGAUUUGAGUUCUAUUAUUGUUUGAAUUUCAUUGUUAUCAUUCAUUCUUCAAUAGCUACAAUUGGGUAUUUUAGAAAUUUAACAUAUGUAUUUGCCAUUUUUUUUCUUUAAUUAAGUAUACCCUUAAUUUAUCAA